AUGCAUGUCGGACAGAAGUUACGUACGGCGUUACGAGGUCCACCAGGGCGUCUUGUGUUCAAAGUGGGUGGCAGCGAUGGCGAACGAUUUCGACUUACUCGCCGUUUUGAAGGACAUCGCGAUGGCGUUUGGCACGUAACGGCUGACGCCACACGCAGUAUUUGUGCCAGUGCGAGCGCUGGUAAGGUAUUAUAUGAAGUUCGAUCAACGGCUCGAAUAUGGUCACUCAACUCUGGUGCCUGCUUGUAUGCCUACACGGGUCAUUCUGGCUCCGUGAACUGCGUAGCAUUCGCUCCUUUGCCGGAGUCGCAGUCAGGUGGCGAACUAACCAUAGCGACAGCAAGUGGAGACGAGUCAGCGCACAUUUGGAAGGUGACCAUUGGACAGCACGCAGUGUUGAGUUCCGAUGACGAUGAAGACGAGAAGGCACCCGUCGAUAGUGCAGGAGGUGAAGGUGAUACCGCGCCUCCAUCAAGCACCGAAGGAGCACGGGUAAAGAACGCACUGAUGCGGCUUACAGGCCACACCGGCGUGGUGAUUGGUUGCGAUUGGCUAGAAGGUGGAAGUCAGCUGAUCACAGCGAGUUGGGAUCGUACAGCGAACAUAUACGAUGUGGAACGAGGCGAGGUACUGAACAUAUUGAGCGGGCAUGAGAUGGAACUCAAUCAUUGCUCAGCACAUCCGAAUCAGAAGCUUGUGGUCACAUCGUCGAAAGAUUCCACGUUCCGGCUUUGGGACUUCCGCGAGACUAUACAGUCUGUAGCCGUGUUUCAGGGACAUCAAGAGUAA